AUGGAUGAUAAUUACGAUCAAGAAUAUUCUACUUAUUCAACUUCUAGUAGUACACCUAAUACUUUAGAUCAAGACGACGAUGUUUCACCUGGAAUUAAACCUGAGGACAAACCGAUAACUAAGGCCAAAUGUAAGCAUGGUUCAACAACUAAUAUGGUCAAUCACCUUCGCAAUAUUCAUUAUAUUACAAAAACAUUGCUUGAACAUAGCUCAGUUGAAGAGCUUAAAAAAUCCUCUCAACAAACUAUAGAAAUCACUUUAUUAAAACCUUAUUCAGCAUCAAGACAACAAAAGCUUACAUGGGAUAUUAUCAUAUUUUUUAUUUCGUGUACACUUCUCUUAUCUUUAAUAGAAAAUAAAAAUUUUCGUAUCAUUUUAAAUUCAUUUGACCCUCGAUACAAACUGCCAUGUGUAAAUACAAUUAAAAAUGAAAUUGUAAAUGGAACAAAUUAUACAGCUCAAAGUAUUAAAAGUAUGCUUAUACAAACAAACACAGUAUCACUCACAUUUGAUAUAUGGACUUCUCGGGCAUAUGAUUCUUAUUUAGGUGUAACUUGCCACUGGAUUUCAGAUGAAUUUCGCAUUUAUGAUCUUACACUAGGCGUAAUUGAAAUGGGAGCAUAUAAAACUGCUGAUGAUAUCAUUAAUACUAUCGAACCUAUGCUUGAAGAAUUUAGUCUAAAUGGAAGUAAAAUAUUAAGUAUAACUACAGAUAAUGGCUCUAAUGUCAAAUUAGCUGUUACAAGAUUAUCAGCAAGACUUUCAGUAUCAGACCCAAUUGUUAAUAUUUUUUGUACUGCGCAUACAUUGCAGUUAAGUGUUGAAGCAGAUUUGGAAGUUGCACAUAACUUACUUAUAAAAUGCAAAGCUUUGAUUUCACUUUUGAGUAGAGAAAAAAAAAGAAAGCAAUUAAAAGAAGCUCAAAUCAGAGUAGGUAUAUUAAAAGCUAAUGUAGUUAAUGUAAUAACAGAUGUGGCAACACAGUGGAAUUCCACCUACAUGGCUCUUGAAAGACUUGCUAAGCUCGAACGUCCAAUUAAGUGGCUAGCUAAUAACCUUGAAAAUUCAACCAAUAAUAAUUAUCAUCAUAAUGAUGCUAAUAUUCGUGACAAGCUAUUAUCAAAUGAAGAAUUUAAAGUUGUAAAGACUCUUGUUAAACUUUUAUGUCCAUUUGAUAAAGCCACGGAAAUUCUUUCCGGAUCAAAUUAUGCUACAUUGAGUAUAAUGGUUUCAACAAUCGAAGAAUUAGUUCAUCGACUAAAUAAUACAGAUAGUGAUUUCGAUAUUAUAAAUAAGGUAAAAGAAGAAAUUUUAUCUAACCUGUCAAGUCGAUGGUCCCUGCCACAUGAUUAUGGAAUGUAUGCGUCUUUACUUGAUUCUCGAUUCAAGAAUCUAUCUUUCUGUUCAAAUACGCUAAAACAGAGAACAAUUGAAGGGUUACGAAAUCAGUUCAAUGAAUUAAAAAGUAUAAGUCAAGCAGAAACUAAUACAAGUUUACCUAGAGAAGAGGCUGUAAAAAAAAAAAAUUCAGCAAUGAAGAGCUUUUUCUCUUCAGUCUGGCAGCAGCAUGAUGAAUUUGUAGAGCAAACCGAAAUUGAUAAAUAUCUUGCACUUCCUGAAAUUGAAACAACAGAAGAAAAUGACCCGGUAGUUUGGUGGAAGCAGCGAAGAUUAGAAUUCCCAAUUCUUUGCACACUUGCAAAAAAAUACCUUGCAAUUCCCACUUCGUCUGUCCUUUCAGAACGCUUGUUCUUAGAUGCUGGCAACCAUGUAACUCCCAAACGAAACCGAUUAGACCCCUACCUCUUGCAUCAAUU